GGCUGUGCGAUGUAUAAAAAGGGAAAAGGGUCGAUGUUGAAGCAGUACAUCUGAAAUAAGCACACAAAGAUCAUGGCCAUGGGGAGGAUCAUAUUCUAUGAGGACCGGAACUUCCAGGGUCGCUCCUAUGAGACCAGCAGUGACUGCCCCGAGCUCACCUCCUACCUGAGCAGGUGUAACUCCUGCAGGGUGGAGAGCGGCCUCUUCAUGGUCUACGAGAAGCCCAACUUCAUGGGCCAUCAGAUGCUGGUGAGGAGGGGCGAGUACCCAGACAACCAGCGCCUGAUGGGAAUGAGUAUGAGUGACUGCAUCAGGUCCAGUCGCAUGAUCCCCAUGCACAGGGGACCCUUCAGAAUGAGGAUCUAUGAAAAGGAGAACUUUGGAGGCCAGAUGCACGAGCUGAUGGACGACUGUGACAAUAUGAUGGACCGUUUCCACAUGUCUGACUGCCAGUCCUGCAACGUGUUGGACGGCCACUGGCUGAUGUUCGAGCAGCCCAACUACAGAGGCAAGAUGCUGUACCUGAGGCCAGGAGAGUACAGGAACCUCAGAGAGAUGGCGAUGGGCAACUUGUCGAGGUUCAGCUCCAUCAGGCGCAUCAUGGACUCCUGUUAACUCUAAAUGUACUGGGAGGAAAAAUAAAGCAUGCUGAAAUCCAA